AUGCUCUGGGCCUUCGACGCGGCCGCCGGCGGCUGCACGCCGUUCGUCUAUGGCGGCUGCUACGGCACCAGCAACCGCUUUGCCACGCGCGGCGCGUGCGAGGCGCGAUGCCUAUCCUCGCCGACCCGCUGCCGGCAGCCGGAGCGCGAGCGCGGUCCGUGCCAGCACGACCAGGCGCGGUACUCGUACGUGCAGGCGAGCGCGCGGUGCGAACGGUUUGUGUACGGCGGCUGCGGUGGCAGCGCAAACAACUUCGCCACACUUGAGCGGUGUCAGAAACAAUGUGGAGGCGCCUCCGCGAAGAGCGGAGACACGCCGGUGGAGAAGGAGGGGCAGGGAGAACUGGGGGAAACGACCCAGGCUCCCUUGGGAGUGGAAGAAGGAACUGAAGUGCAGGACAGUGUUCCAACGACCGCACAAACCGCAGCUGCAGCAGACAUCUGCGCGCUGAGGCGAGACCCAGGCCGCUGCUUUGCCUACGCGCCCAUGUUCUACUUCGAUCCCGUGACCGGCAGCUGUCACCUGUUCAGCUACCGCGGCUGCGGCGGUAACUCCAAUCGGUUUCACACCCGUCAGGAGUGCGAGAUUCGCUGUCUCCAGCCUCGCGGUGGGGCAGAUGCGGAAGCAGACGCUGCUGACGCCACGCUCAACACAACCGUGGUGGAGAUCAGUCUCAGCAGCGAGGAGCUAAAUGAGACCAUCGCAGAAGUGUACAGCACGGGAACCAGCUCCUAUCACAGCAUAGCGCUGAAUAUCAAUGAUUCACGGCAAAAUGAGCUACUUCCAGCAACAAACGCUGUCGAAACUACGACAAGCACCUAUAGCCAGCAGCCAAAGACAACCCCGCUCGUUGUGAAGAAGAGGCAUCGCGGCGGCGGUCGAGGUCGGAGACGUGCGUGCCGACUUCCCCACCGCCAAGGCCGAUGCCGCCUCUACCUGCCGCGGUUCUACUACAACGCGGCGCUGGGUGCUUGCUACACCUUCAUCUUCGGCGGCUGCGGAGGCAACGGCAAUCGGUUCCGAACACGAGCCGCCUGCGAGCAGAUCUGCAAGGGCGUGAAGGCACGGCCGUGAAGCCGUGGUCUGGCGAGAACUCGGCUAGUCACGGCAGCACGCGCACCGACUCUGGCUUUGUGGUCGGCGGCAGCAUGCGCGCGGACUCUGGCUUUGUGGUCCGCGGCAAAGGCGAGGAAACGAGGAGAGUAGGGGGCAGUGGCUCUCGCUCUCCGUGUAUAUUCUCCACGCAAAAGUCAGGCAUUAAUGUCACGCUGAUGCAAAGGUGUUUGGUGAUGCGCUCUCUCUGACGUCCUACACUCCCCGAUUUUGUCAGACAUGUGUAAGAGGGAAACGGAGUGGUCACGGAUAUACCACGUCUUUUUAGAAUACGCGCUUAUACCGAAUGUUAUUGAUUUGCCUUCUGGUUGCGGUUCGUAGUGUUAAGUAAAUAUACGCCAACAUAAAAGUAAGACGGAUUUUGUCUGCACGGAAUGUACUGACAAAAUUUUAGAUAUUUGUUGAUGAUGUCGGUAAAGUCGAUUUGUCGUCGACUUGUAUUUUACGUCACUAAAAACCAUGUCAAUAAAACUAGAUACAAUUUAGAAAAGGGUACCUGUCAGUCUUAGCCAAUGAGUCGGACGUACCGAUUUGCUCCAAAUGCGCCGAAU